AUGCGCGGCGCCGGCUGUACAAUUAAUGACCUUUGGGAUCGAAAUCUUGAUCCGCAUGUUACACGAACGCGAUUACGGCCAAUUGCACGGAAGGCAGUAACACCCUUCAACGGCCUGGUAUUCACCGGUUUUCAGUUACUGGCUGGACUGGGGAUACUGGUUCAAUUCCCAAUUCCGUGCCUCUACUACGGCAUUCCCAGCCUGCUGUUUGUCGCCAGCUAUCCUUUAGCGAAGAGAGUCACUUAUUAUCCUCAAUUUGUACUGGGAUUGACAUUCUCGUGGGGCGCCAUAAUGGGAUUUCCCGCCCUUGGUAUCGACUUGUUAUCAAAUGGCGCCGCUUUGACUGCCGCCGCCUGCCUGUAUACGUCCAACAUUGCCUGGACCGUUCUUUACGACAUGAUAUAUGCGCAUAUGGAUAUUAAGGACGAUGCUAAAGCUGGAAUCAAGAGUAUUGCGCUAAAGCAUGAUGCCGAUACGAAAAAAGUCCUGACGGGGCUUGCUGCAGCUCAAAUUGGGCUUCUCGCUACUGCAGGAGCUGUUUCAGGAGCUGGACCUGCAUUUUUCGUCGGUAGCUGUGGCGGCGCAGCUCUUGCUCUGGGUAUCAUGAUCAAACGUGUCAAUCUGAAAAGUGUUCAGAAUUGCUGGUGGUGGUUUGUUAAUGGCUGUUGGAUAACUGGCGGUGUCAUCAGCACAGGUCUAGCUGUUGACUACCUCAUUCGUCUGCGCAAUUCGACGCUAACAAAAGUCAAGUCCACGCAAGUUUAA